GCGCAUCUGCCGAUAGUCUCGCGAGUUUAAUAUCCCCGUACGAGGUGACUUUUACCCUCUGUUUCCAUCCACGUGACGAGAGGCAUAUUCUGUGUACCAUGGAGGUUCUUUGAUGACACCCUUGUUCCACUUUCUUUCUUGGUCUAAGAUGAGGUAUAUAAGGACUCAAGAACUCAUCGUUUGGACAUAGAAUAUAGAAUAGACUGCUGACUUACACAAAACACCAAACUUUCUGUUUCCAACUAAGACGUCUCAUUCAACAUGGAUUCUCUGUUUAUUUUUGUGGGGUUUCUACUUUAUAUACCAGCUUUGAUAGAUGGAGCUGGUCGUCAACAGAGUUUUGGACAGAAUCAGCUGCCGUUUGGUCAGCAAAGCAAUUAUCAACAGCCAGGAAGUUUCGGAUCUCAAGAUAGUUUUGGUUCUCCUCAGCCUUUUGAUUUUAACUACAAUGUUAAGGAUGAAUUUGGCAAUUCUCACUACCAUCAAGAACAGGGGGAUCAAAGCGGAAAUGUGUUAGGUAGCUACGGAUAUACGAACGCUAACGGACUUUUCCGCUACGUAGAGUACAGUGCUGACUCGUCUGGAUUCACCGCUAAAGUUCACAGUAACGAGCCAGGUGUUUAUCCCGAUAAUCCUGCUGACGUUACUCUCAACGUAGAACAGCCUCCUGCAGGCCUCCAAGAUCAGUACACACGUAGGACCUCUGGAGGUGGAUAUCAGAAACCGCAACAGUUACCUGAUAGCACAUAUUCUGGUCAAGAUUACGUACAGCGUCCAGUUGGAUACCAGAAAUCUGGAGUGAAACGUGCUGGAUAAGUUUAACAGAGAUGAUAACGCUUAUUAUUCACUGCCAAUUUAUACAUUACAUGAAAAUAUCUUUCCUAAAUAAUUUCACUGGUUUAUUUUUAAAGAAGCGAAUAGUUUUUCUUUUUGUAGAAAAUAUUAAUUACGAUAUUUCUUUAUGUUGUUAUGUCUUUAUAAGUUGGAAAAUGUAUGGUAAAAAAUAGAUUUAAAGUCAAAGCUAUGUCUUUUACCUUUAAGAAACGAAGACAUUUCUUAGAAGUAGUGUCUAUCGUAUACAAAAUUUGUGCCAGUAAUAGAAGUGUGAAAAUACUACUUUGCGUUUAGAUAAAAAUUCCAGAAAAAGAAAUUUUGUUAGCUUAUAAUUAAACAAGUAGUUUUGAUAGUAAAAUUAUACAAACAUCAUGCUGAUAAAUAAGUUGCUUCACAGUGUUUUUAUUAAGAUUUAAAUGAAAUAACAGAUAAAAACCGAUAUUGCUUUGUUGAGGUUACCAGUGUUCUUCGUUUCAACAAUUUGAGAAAUCUGUUAGCCUCGAAUAUCUUAUAACAUUCUAAUAAAAAUGUUAUUUCUGGGAAAAUAAACUAUGUAUUUGUGGAA